AUGGAAGCGGCAAUUGCUAACCUCAAUCUGGAGGAGGUUACGCAAAACGUGGCUGAGAAACAUAACCUCAAACUGGUUGAGGUUAUCCAACAAGCUGCAGAAACACCCAUGCCUUCUUCAAGUGGGACAAGCUACAACGCGGUGAGCAAACCUAACCUCACUCCUGCUAAGGUAUCCGACAGUGUGGCUAAUCGGCUAGCCAUUAUGAAGCGGCGGCAGGAGGCGGAGAGGAAACGGAUGGAGCUCGAGUUGCAGCUGAAGUUUGUGAAGGAGGAGGAGGAGGACUUGUUGUCCGAGGAGUUGGGUGUGAUUGCGAUUUCGGGAGCAUCGACUGUGACACCGUCCCGGCCGGAUGGAGAAUCGAUGCGAGGCUCGCAGCAGGAUGAGCGUGGUCCCGCCCCGCGACUGGAAAGUGUUCAUCGAAACGUGCCAACCGAAUUACCCGAGUUUUCAGGGGACCCGGCGGAAUGGCCCGUAUUUAUUGCGCACUACGAUUACACAACGGAGAAAUGUGGUUUUUCCAACUGGGAAAACAUGAUACGGCUGCAGAAGGCGCUCAAAGGACCUGCGCUAGAAGUUGUGCGAAGCCGUUUAGUGCUACCGGAGGUGGUGCCACAAGUGAUUGCGACGCUACGAUCGCGCUAUGGUCGGCCGGAACAUCUCAUUUCAGCGCUGAUUGGGAAAAUGCGUCGGAUGCCUGCACCUUGCAGGGAGAAGCCCGAUACUGUUGUGGCGUUCGGCGAGGCAGUGCGGAGCAUGGUAGAUCACAUGCAGGCUGCUGGUCUUCGGGCACACUUGACCAACCCGUUGCAGCUGCAAGAGAUCGUGGAAAGGUUGCCGACGAGCGAGCAGUACAGCUGGGCACGGCACAUACGAGGCGUGACGGAACCGGAUCUUAUCGUGUUUGGCGAAUUUAUGACGGAAUGGAUGGACGAUGCUGAAACGUUAACCAGGCUGGAUUCACCCUCAUUGAAAGCAGUAGACAGGAAGAAACCUAACGCCAAGGGUUACGUGCAUGCGCACGUGGAAAACCAGGGAGCGACCACAUCGGGAACAAGAGCCAUCCAGGUAGGACAAUCUUGUUUUGUGUGUAACAAACGGGGACACCUUGUGAGCAAAUGCUUCGCGUUUGGAGCAAUGGCGGUGAAGGACCGCUGGCGGAAGGCCCGUGCACUUUCUUUAUGUUUUAGCUGUCUGGAGCGGCACAACUGGCGGACGUGCCAAAACAGAGCGGUUUGCAGCAUUGGUGGGUGCACGCGCCGACAUCAUGCGUUGCUACACGGCGCUGAGGAGUCUCGCGAGAUCGGCAGCGAGCAGAAUAAUAUAGAAAGCCGUGAAGGAGGAAUCGAUGGUGGUGUCAUUGCGGAGAGUAACCAUCACCAAUACGUGUCAUCAUCAUCGAAGGCGCUAUUUCGAAUAGUGCCUGUCACCGUAUAUGGACCGGCUGCUACGGUGACGACGUUUGCGUUUUUGGAUGAAGGCUCGUCCAUGACGCUGGUGGAUGACGAUUUGGCUGAACAAUUAGGUGUUGAGGGCAAGGACGAAGGGAGAUGGCAACAUUUGGAGCGGCUACCGAUUCGGCAAUAUCGGGAUGCGGAACCCAAGCUGCUUAUUGGGUUGGACAAUUUGCGGUUGGCGGUUCCUCUCAGGACUAAGGAGGGAGGCGUUGGUGAUCCAAUCGCAGUAAAGACACGUCUUGGAUGGUGUAUUUACGGAAAACCGGCGAAUCUGGAGUGUGAACGGUUGUUGCAUAUUUGUGAGUGCAACGACCAAGGCAACAUUCACGAGACUAUUCGGAAAUAUUUCGACAUGCAGUUGAUUGGUGCUGCACACGGCGUCGAACAGGAUACAGAUGAGCGGCGUGCGAAGCAGAUUCUGGACACUACCACGGUACGAAUCGGGAAGCGAUUCGAAUCAGGAUUACUGUGGAGGAAAGAUGACAUCGAGCUACCUCCUAGCAUCGACAUGGCGCGUCGUAGGUUCAAUUGUUUGGAGAGGAGGAUGGAGCGAGAUGGACAUCUUAAGGAACAAGUACAUCGACAGGUCCGAGAUUUGUUUAGCAAGCAGUAUGUUCACAAGGCUACGGUGCGUGAGCUGGUUGAGGUUGACCAGCGGCGUGUAUGGUACCUACCGAUAGGGGUGGUUACCAACCCAAAAAAACCUGGAAAGGUUCGGUUGAUUUGGGACGCGGCAGCUAAGGCGCAUGGAACAUCGUUGAACGACAUGCUGCUGAAGGGACCAGACGAGCUGAGCUCGUUACUUGGCGUACUCUUCCGAUUUCGUCUGUACGCAGUGGCGGCGUGUGCAGACGUGAAGGAGAUGUUUUUGCAGAUUAUGAUACGAAAGGAAGACAAACACGCGCAGCGUUUCUUGUGGCGUUACGAACCAACGGACGAGUUGGAAACCUACAUCGUGGAUGUUGCAAUGUUCGGGUCUGCGUGUUCACCCGCAACGGUGCGGUAUGUCAAGAACUGA